AGAUAAGUUUGAAAUCAAUAAUAAGAUUCGUACAGUCUGUUAACCAGAGAUUUGGAAGAACAGACAUUGAAAGAAUCGAAAUGGAGGAUAAUGGUGAUGCUUGCUUAUCUCGGGUCUCUGAAACAUCUGGCAAAGUUAUCACUUGCAGAGCUGCAGUAGCAUGGGGUACGAAGAAACCACUGGUAAUUGAGGAGGUGGAGGUAGAUCCUCCAAAGGCAAUGGAAGUCCGGAUCAAAAUCACCCACACCUCCCUCUGCAACACAGAUAUCUUGUACUGGACUACUGAAAAUGAGGCGCUAAAGGCGUUUCCACGCAUUUUGGGGCACGAAGCUGCAGGGAUUGUUGAAAGCGUGGGAGAAGGCGUAACGGAUCUCAAGGAAGGAGAUCAUGUGCUGCCAUUGUUUACAGGGGAGUGUGGAGAUUGCAUAUACUGCAAAUCACCAAAGACUAAUCUGUGUGGAAAGUUCAGGAUCGAUCCCACCAGGGCGGUCAUGGUGAGCGACAAGAAAACCCGUUUCUCAAUUGCCGGAAAGCCAGUUUAUCAUUGCAUGGGAACCUCCACUUUCAGUGAAUACACUGUACUCGAUUCUGCCAACGUGGCCAAGAUUAAUCCCCACGCCCCUCUGGACAAAGUUUGUCUUCUCGGCUGCGGAUUAGCCACAGGGUUUGGAGCUGCAUGGAACACUGCUAAUGUCCACGCUGGAUCCACUGUGGCGAUCUUUGGUCUCGGUACUGUCGGUCUUGCAGUUGCGGAAGGUGCAAGGGUAAGAGGGGCAUCUAGGAUUAUUGGCGUGGAUACAAAUCCUGAUAAAUUUUCUAUAGGUAAAAAUUUUGGAGUUACUGAUUUCAUUAACCCUAAAGACCAAGACAAGCCUAUACACAAGGCAAUUCGAGAGAUCAUUGAUGGUGGAGUGGAUUUUAGUUUUGAAUGUGUUGGACAUGCAGACCUUAUGUACGAGGCAUUUUUGUCUACGCAUGAUGGAUGGGGUUUGGCAAUUAUAGUUGGAGUGGAUCAAAGUGGGCGAAAGUUGAGCCUUCUUCCUAUUGAAUUAUUGGAUGGUAGGAGAAUCGAUGGUACCACCUUUGGUGGUUACAAGGGGAAAAGCCAACUGCCUAGUCUUGUAGAAAUGUACAUAAACAAGGAGGUUAAGGUGGAUGAAUUUAUAACUCACGAGCUUCCUUUAUCACGUAUAAAUGAAGCAUUUGAUUUGUUAUUGCAAGGGAAGAGCUUGAGAUGCAUUAUACAUUUAUAAUGUAUUGAUUAUAGGUUCAAUUUUUUCCCUCGAGCCUGAUGAUAUAUAGUACUCUUUAAUAACACAUGUAUAAUGUAUAAUGUGAGAGGACAGUCAAAUUUAUGUAUUUGAUUUCAAAACAUUUUUUAACACAAUUUUGUAUGUUUUGUUUAAGUAGGAAAUAUUUUUCUAUUGAAAAUAAAUGUAAUUUUUUUGUGUUUA